GUGUACUCUCCUCUGUGAAGUGGAUAACUGUAUACAGUCAACCUCUCUGCCACCAUUCAGCCACAGCUCUGACCGAACACUGCUGCUAUCAGUGAUUCCUUUUACAGCCUGUUAUAGUUGUGUAAUAACACUGCAAAGGGUGUCAUAAGUACACCCAGAAGACUACUUUGCUGCGCGCUUGGACACUUUGGGUCUACUUUUACGCAUGGCAGCAUCGGUGACAUUCCAGGAGUGACAACUGGACGGACCGGAGCUCUGAACAUACACCAACUCGUAUAGAGUUGUUUAUGAACUAAUUUAAGUUUCUAUUCUCUCCUCUUCGUCCAGCCGUCUGCAGCAGAAGCCAUGUUUUCCAAAGCCACUGCCAACUUCCUCCGCCAGAUUGACCCUGAAGGAAGCCUCAUCCACGUGUCCAGAGUGAACGACUCACAAAAACUGGUCUCCAUGGCACUGGUCGUCAAACGCAACCGCAACUGGUUCUGGCAGAGCCCCAAGUACCAGCCAACGGAUUUCACCCUCAGCGACCUGCUGCAAGGCGACAAGGUGCUCAGUCCAGGAGUGUCCGAGAAACCCUUCCUGACCUACAAGGGGACGUUCAGUGACAAACUCUCUGGGAAGCUGGAAACCGAGGCUGGCUCCGUCAGCGUCUCACUAGAGGGACGGGGCUCUUCCAAGCUCCAGUCGUGCUUCGGCGAGCUGAAGAAAGAGGAACUGGAUGUGAAGAAGCUGUUACGAGACUCCAGCCUCAGGCUGGUGGACAUGCAGAACCCGUUGGUGAAGCAGCUGGAGAAGCGAGCUGAUGUGCUGGCAGUGGUGAAGGAGAGGAUCCUCACCACCAACUCUUGCUCCGUCACCCAGACGAAGAAGGAGCAGUGCACCUUUCAGGGGAUCCUCGGGCUGCUGGGCAUGCUGGCGAACUCUGUGAAGGUUUGUGUGAAGGACAGCAACGACAUUGAGUCAGACAGUGAUGUUUCCUUGGAGAUCCCCUCUGGUACAGUCAUCGCGUACAGCAUCCUGGAACUGGAGAUUAAAAAGAAUGGACAUUAUGAUAUAUGUCUACAACCGGGUACAAUAGGAGGCAUUGAGGCAGACACGCCUACGUCCUGGCCAUCCCAUGAUUCCUUGAAUGUGGUGGACGGCAAGUGCAACGGAUCACAGGAGAUGGACCUUUCUCCUCUGGCCGAGCUCCCCCAGUCAACUCGAUGUGCCUUGUUCAAGACCCUCCAAGAGACUCUGAAGGACAGAACUGCUCUGUCAUAUAUGGAGGAUUUGCUGGAGCAGUUGUGCAGUAGUGAAACAGUCGAUAUGGCCGAGCAUGAGGAGCUGUCGGAGAGUCAGAGGAAAUCCUUGUCAGCCAUACUGGACCGACCCGGCACAGACAGUGAUGCUGAGGACAGCCAGUCUGGUGUCCCUGCCCACCUGAAUGCAGCUCACCUGUUGGUCAGUGCCAUGGAAGAGUUGCCUGAUGAAACUCUGAGCCUCUUGAGCGAGAGCCGUCCUGAUUUUCUGGAGGCCUUCGACACACUGAUGUGCAGGUUAAAGAAGAACUGCGAGCCUCUCUCCGUCCAGUGUCUCCCCGUCCCCCUGCAGGACAACCAGGCCUUCCAGCUGGCAGAGCAGCUGCUCAGCUCCAUCAGUGUGACGCUGAAGCGAGACGGCGACAGGCUGUGGACGGAGACAGGAAAUAAAGCAGGAGUCCUCCCGCUGGUCCUCAGUCUCAGCAUACAGGGAUUGUCCCUGCUGUCCAAAGAGCAAUAGUAGUAGUAGUAAUGUCUACAUGUGCACUUUUCUUUUCUUUUUCGUGGAUUGUAUUCUCUCCAUUUCUUUCUUUAUUGUGAAGUUUAUUUGAACCAAGAUAAGCAUAACAUCUUUAUAUUAUUAUUAUUGAUUUUUUAAUUAUAAAUUAAUAUUGUUGACACUAUAAACGAUAUU